AUGGACGAUGGGCUCUUGUCUGCCUGGUUAUCUGAUACAGCCUUGCCCGUCGGCUGUGUCCCCUCACAUGCAGCCCUGAUUGUGUCUCAUCUCUGUGAUGUGUAUGGUGAUGUUGUGGCUGCAGCUCUACGUCGACCGGCCCCUCUCCCUGCCUUUAAUGAUCUUGAGGACAUGGUGUCUGAGGCCUCAGCCUCUUUGAGCAUGCUGUGGUUGAAUGUACCUAUGGAUGACUUAUCUUGUGCUCUUUGCACCAUGAAACUGCUUCGUGUCACAGAUCCUUUCAUUGUCCAGGCCUGUGUGGUGCAGUCACUAUCAGUAAUCUUCACUUUUGGACACAAUGCCAUCGAUGGUAUUAUGUUGGAUAAGGCUGGGGUUAAGUUUGAUGUGGACUCGGGCUGUGCUGUUGAGUUCAAUGUCUGUAUUGAUUGUUGGUCUUCGCUGGGCAAGAGUAGAGUUCCUCAGCUAGCACUCACAAAUGAUCUGUAUCAGGGCUCCUUACUGGACCAGUUUGCCAAUCUCACAUGGGUAGAGGAAAAGCCUAGAGUUUCCCAUGGAAACACCUGUGCUCAUGAGAUGAACACAGUUUCCACCACAAAUGUAUUACCUCACACACACGCAGACGUUAAUGGCUUCCUCAGUGUGGUUUUCAUUGGUCCUGAGAAGUUUGAUCCCAAGCAGUUCGGUUCCCUCUUUUGCGUGUGGAAACAGAAGAUAUGGGACUUCCUGGAUGGCCCUAUACCUGGCCUUGAUGCUCAUGUGGUUGAAGACCAUGAACUCAAUGUAGACUCUGUAUUUAAUCUCAAGACUGCUGGUUUCUCCGAGCAUCCCACAACACUGUUCACUCAGAGCCCCGCGGAUGACUCUGUCAUGCAGCCAUGUAUGGUAGAGAAAACAGGUGUAUCUGAUCCGGAAAGUGUCCAAUUACCUGGUCGAAGUUUUGUGGCAUCUGCGAUCCGAAAUCUGUUGCCCAGAGAGGGUGCUGAGUCACGACCUGCAGCACCGUCAAGUGCAUCUUCACACCUUUUCAUGGUGGGCAAGUCAAACCUUGACACAGUUGCUUGCAAAUUGACCAGUGUCACACCAGGACUUUUGGAGUGUUUGGCCGUGAAGUUGGAAUGUGAGCACAAGCUGGUUAAUCCAUCCAUUGAGGAAUGCAAUGCUCUCCAGCUCUUACAACAGGUGAACACGCUCUCUGCUCGCAUUCCCGGCUCACAGGCCUUAAAGAUAUUUGUGUGA